AGGCCCAAAGUGGAAACAACCCGACGUCCAUCAACAGAGGAGUGGAUAAACAAACCGUGGUCUAGCCACAGAGUGGAAUAUGACUCAGCCAUAAAGAGGAAUGGAGUCCGGAGCCCUGACACCUGCUACAGCACAGACGAGCCUGGAGACCAUUACGCCGAGUGGAAGAAGCCAGCCGGUCACAAAAGAGCACAUUGCGUGAUGUUAUUUACGUGAAAUGUCCGGAAUGGACAAGUCCACAGAGACGAAAAGGACAUCCAUGGUUGCCAGGAGUUGGCGGAGAAGGGAUGAUGGGGAGUAAAUUCUAAUGGGUGCAGAGUUUCUUUCCGGGGUGAUGAGAAGCUCCUGAAGUUGACCGUGGCCUUGUCGCACAAUUCUAUAAGGAAGCUGAGUCUCGGGGAGGUGAAGUGACUCACCCAAGGUCACACAGCACGUGAAUGACAAGAGCUCAGAUCCAUCUGAAAGCAAACGGUAGUGGGGAGUUGACAGUGACCAAAACAGACGAAAUGCCUGUCUUCAUGGAGCUUACAAUCAGGAAGAGGGAGAGGGGCAAUAGAAGAACCUCAUAAAGCAGGUCAUGUGCUGUGGGAAACUGGGUACUGAGGGGUCUAAGCAUCCUGUCCCGGCUUUUGAGAGGACCCCUCCGGCUGCGGCGCAGAGCACAACCUGAGACCCGGAAGAAGAGAGUAUAGCCCUAGCCAAGCCGGUGAAGUCUGGAAUGCACCGAGGUCGCCUAGCAACCAGAAAGCGCGGUCGGAGGGUGGACGGCUCCGCCCUGGCAGAAGGGGAGGCCCCGCCCCGCCCCGCCCCGCCCCCGCGCCGCGUCGGGGGGCGGGCAAAGGCUUCUUAUUGGUCUGUUCCCCGGAAGUGAGAUUCGGAGUCUCGUCCCAAGUCGGCUGCGCGUGGGAGCGCGGGCCUCAGCGCAGGCCGGGAUGUUUGUCCUGGUGGAGAUGGUGGACACCGUGCGGAUUCCCCCGUGGCAGUUUGAGAGGAAGCUCAACGACUCCAUUGCCGAGGAGCUGAACAAAAAGUUGGCCAACAAGGUCGUGUACAACGUGGGGCUCUGCAUCUGUCUGUUUGACAUCACCAAGCUGGAGGACGCCUACGUGUUCCCAGGGGACGGCGCGUCGCACACCAAAGUCCAUUUUCGCUAUGUGGUGUUCCAUCCCUUCCUGGACGAGAUUCUGAUUGGCAAGAUCAAAGGUUGCAGCCCGGAGGGAGUGCACGUCUCUCUAGGGUUCUUCGAGGACAUUCUCAUCCCCCCUGAGUCGCUGCAGCAGCCAGCCAAGUUCGACGAGGCAGAGCAGGUGUGGGUGUGGGAGUACGAGACAGAGGAAGGAGCGCACGACUUGUACAUGGACACCGGCGAGGAGAUCCGCUUCCGGGUGGUGGACGAGAGCUUUGUGGACACGUCCCCCACGGGGCCCAGCUCGGCCGAGGCCACGUCUUCCAGUGAGGAGCUGCCAAAGAAGGAGGCUCCGUACACGCUUGUGGGAUCCAUCAGUGAGCCAGGCCUGGGCCUUCUCUCCUGGUGGACCAGCAGCUAGCCCUGGGGCUCGACGGCGGACCUCGGCCAGCCCGGCAGACCCCAGCCCAGCCCUGGGGAAGUGGUGCAGCUGGCUGUGAGGACCACAGCCACUUCCGCAGACGCCGAGGAGCAGAGUGUGUGCCCCGCCGGACUGGAGCUAUCCCCGGAGUCCGCUCUCCCUCUGGACCUCUGCCUCUCGGCGACGGCACAGACUUUUAAUAAAAGACGGCAUCAGUCAGGGAGGAGCCACCCUGUCUCCGUGAUCUAAGGUCACUGAGCUGCCACAGCUGAGACCACCUGUCCUUCUCCCCGGGUCACUUCUGCAGGUGACCUGCCCCCGUGGCAGGACUUGGGGGGUUGAGGGCCUCAGGCUGGACUCUGGGCUAAGCUCGGUGGCUCCCUAAAGUAACUUGAGCGAGAGGUUGACCUGGGGUAGCUGCUAGUUGUCAAGUCUUGACCUUUCAGGGACAGCCGCCUUUUUCCCCACCAGUGUUUGGAAGGCGGGGGCCUGGACUCAGGCAAGCCAGCGCCGCCAGGAAAGUGGAGGCCGUGGGCUCAGGUGGCCCGAGGGCCAGGCUGGUGACCAGCUGUGUUACCCGCCCCCCCCCCCCCCCCCCCGGCAGGACCACAGUUACUUUCAGACCUCGGCCAUGCCAGGAACACUGCGUGGGCCUGCUGUCGGCACCAAAUCCCAGACGAGGGCAAACGGCACCUUGUUUAUUCAGCACAGGGGCUCUGCCAGGUUCCUCCUGCCUCUUCACUCACUUCCACAGGACCCGCAGGCUUGUUUUAUGGCACCCACGGGACACCGAGUUUCUGUCAGGCAAGUCUCGUGCUGAGGAAGGGCCCUCCCUGGAGCCCACCUCCUGCUCUGGCCGCCUCUGUUCACACGGGCACCAGGGCACCGGGGCGUGGGUCCUGCCUGGGGACGGCGCUCCAGGGGAAGCAGCAGCUGCAGAACGAUGCCCGCCCCCGCGUGGCACCAUGGCCUUGAGGGAGGCGGAUAAGUCCACGACCAGGGGAAGGACACAAGGGGGGCCAUGCGGAUGCUGGGGAGCGGGGAGGGGAGGCUGGCCCAGGGGGGCAGGAAGGUGGGA